CUGUCACUCAGCUCCAACUGCUGCUCCGGCACACAGCUAUCCAGAGUGUCAGGAGAUGUUGGAGAGGCGAAGAUUACAUCCCACAUUGAGCCAGCUGCUACCAAGCAAGGAGCUCAUGCUCGCUGGAGCUGAGCAUCCAUCCAGGACUCCCAUCCGCUGCUAGCCUCACAUCCUAGGAGCCGGAACACUGCGCUGAACGCACGCACUCCAACUGUGUCAAUCAUCUAUGUUGAAGGAGCUCCCAGCGCAUGCUCUCACUGUGACCCCCUGAACACUGUCGGCUUGCCUUGCAUCUCAGGAUGACUGGUAUACUGCAGCCAUAACCAGUGGCUGAAGCCCUAACACAACGUGGACCCGAAUUUGAAACAGGCUCCUGGAAUGUGAAUUUACAUAAAAAGGAGGAGACAGGACAAUGAGUAGUUAACACCUCCCCCCGGCUCCAAAAAGCUGACAGAUUUCACACAUGGCUGUUUUUAAGAGUAUUUAGGAAUGUGUUCCACACCAAGCCAGCAGACCACUGACAAAGAUCACCAUGGGCACAUUGGUGCUGUUCACUUCUAUUCUCUUCUCCUAUCUUAUGCUGGUUGACUGCACUGAGCUACCAUUCCAGGAGAGGAUGCUUCUCAAAGCUUUGGGAUUGAAUGGACGACCUAGUCCUGUUGCUCCGGGUCCUGUACCGAAAACCCUUUGGAAGAUUUUUGAGAAGGGCAUUGAUGCAGACAAUCCAUGCAGAAUGGAGGGAUUUCAAGUACCUGGAAAUAUUCUUAGAUCCUAUAGAGAUCAAGGGCCUUUAAGCACUAGCGAUGGAUCUGAUGGAUCAUUAUGUCUCAAAAAACAUCUCUUCUUUGACCUUUCUGUCGUGGAAAAAAAAGAACAAUUAACACUCGGACAACUGGAGAUCAAGUUCAAGCACAAUAGAUAUCAAGGGCAGGCAUUCCAGCUUCGAUUGUACCGUCCUUUGCAUAUGGCCUUAAAGAGCAUGAGAGACCACAAGAGCAAUAGGAAGCUUCUGUUUGCUCAGUCAUUCCGUCUUCAUCAUAGAUCCUUUUCUUUCAACCUUACACAGGUGACACAAGACUGGACCAACACGAAAAGCAACAUGGGACUCAUUAUGGAAAUAUCUGCUGAUGGUAACACUAGCGUGGGGAAUCCUUUAUCUUCCUAUUGUGAGCAAAUUCAUUCUUUCAUCCAUGCCUCUCUGCUUACAGUUUCACUUGACCCAACUAGUUGCAAAACACCACGUAUCAAAAGAAGCACAGAGUCAUCUUUACCAACUCCAAGUAAUAUCUGCAAAAAGAGGAGACUAUACAUUGACUUCAAGGAUGUAGGAUGGCAAAAUUGGGUUAUUGCUCCUCGUGGUUACAUGGCCAACUACUGUCAUGGAGAGUGUCCUUAUCCAUUGACAGAAAUGCUCAAGGGCACCAACCAUGCAGUGUUGCAGACACUGGUGCACUCUAUAGAGCCAGAAGUUACACCUCUACCUUGCUGCGCGCCAACUAAGCUUUCGCCCAUCUCAAUGCUUUAUUAUGACAAUAAUGACAAUGUUGUAUUAAGACAUUAUGAGGAUAUGGUAGUUGAUGAAUGUGGCUGUAAAUAAGCCAAUUAACCUUCGACUGUGACCUCCUCCAACCUAAAUGCUCCUCCAUAUAACAGUUGCAUUUAUUUAGGAGCACUUUAUUCAAUUUGCAUAGCACAAAAGCCACUUCCCCUAAAAAUGGAAAUGGAUAUUUGAAAUGAAAUUCAUGUGGAUUUAUUCAUGGAAGCAAAUGAAAAAUUUACUAAAAUCUGGGAUUUAAAAAUUUUUUUUCACGUUUACAAGCAAGGUUAUUCCUAGAUCCCACAGUGCCAUACCUUUUUGCCUCAUCAAUUAAAGAGGAAUAAGAUUAAAACAUCUGACAGAUAAAAUGGCAUAUCUACUGAUUCUAAUAUGGGAGAACACUAGUUUUCUUUAGGACAUUGAAAAGAAAAAUAUGUAUGUUUCCAUAUCUGGAGUAGCCUCUAUAUUUUGCACUAAACUAUUUGUUUUUACAUUUUGGAGCACUAUGAAGCCAGCUUUAAGCAGAUAUACAGCUUUGGACAUAAUAUAUGGACUUC